GAGCACCAGAGACGGCAAGACCUUCCAGGAGAACCUCAACCAAGAUCAACCACUCCAGCCUCUCAGCAAAAUGAAUGCUUCUCAAUCUCCACGUGCCUGGGCUGUGGCCGCGCUCCUGAUACUGGCCCUCUGCCUCUCGGCCAUCGCUGCUCCAGGUCAGUUUCAAGGCUCAGCAUGGGGAGCGGAGGGGCAUUUCAGGGCAAAGUGGGGGUCCUUCCCCCGGGGUGGGGUUUUGGGGGCCCGGGAGAAAUGCACGCUCACCAUCGUGGCCCCUGCUUGGGAAGCUGUCUCUGCUCUGGCUGGCGGUGGCUCUCUAGGGCAGGCAUCCCCAAACUCACCCCGCCAGCCUUUUGGGAACUACAAUUCCCACCAUCCCUGACCACUGGUCCUGUUAGCUAGGGAUGAUGGGAGUUGUAGUCCCAAAACAACUGGAGGGCCGAGUUUGGGGGUGCCUGCUUUAGGGUUUCUGGGAGAGAGAGUCCUACCUGGAGGUACCAAGGGGGUUGAACUGGGAGCCAAGCAGCCGCUCUGCACUUCAGCUACAGCCCUUUCCAAAUAGGAAGCUGCCCUAUCAGACCACUGGUCCAUCAAGCUCAGUGUUGUCUACACUGACUGGCAGCAGCUUUCCGGGGUUUCGGGCAGGGGGCAGCAGGCACAGGAUUGCAGCCUCAAUCCAGGAUUCUCGCCCUCUCCGCUUCCCAAUCCUGCACCACAUGAGCUCCUUCCAGAGGCAGGCUUCAGUCGCUUGGAAUUCCAUCCCCACAGGGAGGGCGGUGUGGCAGUGGAGAUGUCCUCUCUGUGCCCUUUGAACUCGGCCCUCUUGUUUUUACAAGGAGUUUUAUCCGAUUCCACAUGGGCUGUUGGAGCUCAGCCACCAUGUGCACAGCAGGGCGGACGGGGGCUUAACCCCACGACCCCGCAACAGGGGGAGGAAUAGGUUAGAAUAGCCUGUGGGCUUUGGGGGCAUGUGCAGAGCUCCUCCUCCUCCUCACCACUGGCUAACCUCCUCUUAAAGUGCUUCUAUAGGGACAUGGGUGGCGCUGUGGGUUAAACCACAAAGCCUAGGACUUGCCGAUCAGAAGGUUGGCGGUUCAAAUCCCUGCAUCGGGGUGAGCUCCCGUUGUUCAGUCCCUGCUCCUGCCAACCUAGCAGUUCGAAAGCACGUCAAAGUGCAAGUAGAUAAAUAGGUACCGCUCCAGCGGGAAGGUAAACGGCAUUUCCAUGUGCUGCUGUGGUUCGCCAGAAGUGGCUUAGUCACGCUGGCCACAUGACCUGGAAUCUGUAUGUCGGCUCCCUCGGCCAGUAAAGUGAGAUGAGCGCCGCAACCCCAGAGUCGGGCACGACUGGACCUAAUGGUCAGGGGUCCCUUUACCUUUACCUUUAAGGUGCUUCUGCUUUGCACACAGAAGGUCCCAGGUUCUAUCCCCAAGGGCAUUUCCAGGUAGGGAGCUGGGGAGAAGACACUCCAUCUGAAACCCUGGAAAGCUGCUGCCAGCUAGUGUAAGCAGACUUGAGCCAAAUGGACACAGAACAUAAGAAGAGCCUGCUGGAUCAGGACAGUAGACCAUCUAGUCCAGCAUCCUUUUUUUACAGCAGCCAAUCAGAUGCAUCUUCUGAGAAACCAGCAGGCAGGAUCCAAGCACAAAAGCUCUCUCCUCCUCCAUGAAUUGGUCCAGUCCUCUUUUAAAGCCACCAUGCUUAGUAGCCAUCACUGCCUCCUAAGGGUGCACGUUCCCUAGUUCCACCCGAUGCUUGCACCUUCCUAUGUACAUGCUGGAUUCAAGAGGCUAGAGGGCAGGAAACGGAAUUCCUGGCCAACGACUUUGCAGCAGAGUUUUGCUGGUUGCACUCAACGCCUUUUCCUUUCUCUUCCAGUGGGGUCCGACCCUCCAACUUCCUGCUGCUUCACCUACACGGCAAAGAAGAUCCCCCGGAACUACAUAGCUGACUAUUAUGAAACAAACAGCAGGUGCUCUCAGCCAGGUGUUGUGUAAGUAUAAAAAUAAUUCUGCUCUGUUUGCAGCCUCCAGGCAUGGGAAAGGGUUGGGGUGUCCAGCUGUCCCAAAAAUAAUUAUUAUUAUUAUUGUUAUAAUAAUAAUAAAUUUUAUUUAUUAAUAAAUAUACCAACCCCGCUCGCUUUCUGCCAUCUGUCAGGAGUCUAGCUGAGCCAUCCAAGCCCACCCCAAAAAUCACUGAAUUGUAGAGUUGGAAGGGGCCGCCGGGGGUCCCCCCCUGCAAUGCAGGAAUCACAGCUAAAGAAUCCCUGACAAUGAUUUUAUGAUCCUACCUCAAAGGCAAAAGAGGGCUUGACAGGAAGGCAGAGCAAGCCAGAUGGAAGGCUGAUUGUGUCUCUCCUUUGAUUCCCUCCAGGUUCACCACAAAGAAGGGCCGGGAGAUCUGUGCCAACCCCGCAGAGAAAUGGGUCCAAGAAUACAUGGACCACUUCGAGCUGAACUGAGCAUCAGUCCUGGAGCAACAGAAGCCGGCAUCCUUGGCUGGGUCGAUGGGCAUCCCAGGCCUGGCAUCAUUUCCUGCCAAGGGCAUCUCAAGAACACCACUCGGCUGGUGGCUUUUGUCGUCACCUUGAAGUCAAAACCUCAGGGACUUUCUAUGAUAAUUUAAAUUUAUUUAAGGUAUUUUAUUUUCCUCAAACCCUAAGGGUCCAACCCUGCUAAUUAUUUUAUUUAUGUAUCUUUGGAGGGAACACAAAGCAAUCAACCUCUUUGCUAUUUUUAUACACACGACCGUUUUAAUAUUACCACAGAAUAAGAAUUUCCCCAAUAAAUGUUUUUUUCUACAAGUUCUGUUGUAAGCUGAAUGUUUAUUCCUACCCACCCUGUUUGCAAUCUGUAGUGUAAAAGAGAGUCCUCCUCUCUCUCCCUUUGGGUAAAUGGCCAGCUGGGA